AUUUCAAUAUUGAAAACUCAGUAUACAUUCUUUCUUGCAUGAGUGGAUCAAGAAACUUCGAUGGCUAGAGGAUCCAAGAAAUGUAGGCAAACCAAUAGCUCAUGUGGAGUCUACUGAAAUGCAUCCGAACUUGAAGCCUGCCGUUGGAGUGAAAGAUUCUGUUCCUAAUAAACCAGGAGGAAUGAAGAAUUUACAAACAUUCAAAUCAGACUGGGAUUCUACUAGUUUGAGACCCAAUAAUGCGGCUGGUCAAAGAGCUGAGCAUUUGGAAGUCAAUAAAUGUCCGUCGGUAUCACAAUCAGUGACCACAGACCAGUCAGCAUGCACAGAACUGAGGCAGAGGGCCCUAGUAGAUAAAGACCAGUUGAAUAUUGGAGCCCUGUCUCUGUCAGAAAAUGCUGUACUCCGUGGCCUGCGUGAAUCACAGCUGCCAGAGAACAAAAGCAGCAAAGAAGCAGACCUAGACUUAGAAAUGGCAUCUAAGAAAGUGCAAGAAGGACGUAAUGGAAGUGAAAACAACCAGUCACAGGAUAAAUAUGUUUUACAAGCAUGUACUGUGAAAGGAAAGAAAUCUGAAGGUCAAAUCAGGCAGAUCAAUCUUUCACCUGUGCAUCUGCAAAAAAUGCCUGGAGAACCAGGAAUGAAUAAGGAACAGGACAGAAAGGACGUACCUGUAUCUUCAAAACGUUCUUGUGUGGAGAAGCAUGAGGACAUGUGGGUCAAAAAAGGCAAAUUACACUGGAAAAUUAAUACAAAAUUUAUCACAAAGAAGUUAAAUCAGAAAGUCAGUAAAAUCCGUGAAAAAUGCAAAAUUACUGUUCAUCGUAAGACAGAGUCACUACAUGGCAACUCUGAACUACAUGGUGACUUAAAGGAACUACCUUCCAGUGUGACAAAGAAUAUAUGUGAUUCUGAGGAACAAGGUGCACCUGGAGCCUCCAUCUCUGUAGGAUUCCAGGCGUUCCCUCAACACGAAGAGCCCACUGUUGAAAGUGUUUCCCCAUCUUACUCCAAGGCUGAUUCAGGAAAGUAUGGCUGCCAGUCAUCUUCAAAACUUUAUUUAAAUGAAAAUAAGUUAACUGAAAAUGACACACCAGACACUGAACAUGUUUGUGACAAAAAUGAGGAGGGUUUCUUUACUGAUAGAGAAAAUGAAGUAAGGAACCGAGCUCGGCUGCUGCUGAAAGAAAACCAAGAAAUUGAUACAAAAAGAAAACAAAAAAGGAGCCGAAAUACUCCCUGGAAAUCAGAGAUCAGACAUACACCUCUGGUUAAAAUAGACGAGAACAGGAACAAAAGUGGUGAACUGGAAGGAUCAGAAACCAUGUGUGAUGGCAACUGUUAUAAAGGACAAACUCAGCAGAGGAAGAGGGGAGAAACUGAUGACCAGCAGUUACCUGCUCUGCAGAAAGAAAUUUCUGAUAGGUCUUCAAAGAAAACAUCUGCUAAAAAGGACAAGGUCAAAGAGCAGGUGAAUUCUGUGGGUGACCUCGAUGACUUAACUCUGUCACCGGAAACAGCUUCUGAGGACUGCGAGUCGCCUUACCCUAAUUAUAAGAACACCCUGAGGCUAAUCGAACGACUUGGCCUGGAGGGGAAAGAUUAUGCUACCUUACUGAAAAUUCAGAAUGCAGUUCAUUCAUUCAGAAGCUUAAUAGAAUGUAAAGAAUCUGACUGUGAACUACUUAGAGGAAAAGUUAAAAAAAUGGAAAAUAAGGUUAACAAGCUACAAAAAGAGCUUUUGGAAACAAGACAAAUGAAUUCACAGUUAGAACGUCAAAAUGUGGCUUGGGAACGAGAGCUCUGCAGUAUGAGGGAGAAACAAUACAAUGAACAGGUUUUCCAGAAACAGCAACUUGAAAGCACUCUCCAACCACUAGAAUUUGAACUGAAGAGCAUAAGGAAUAAACCGAGUCAGGACACAAUGAAUUUUGAGGUGUCUGACCCAAAAGAUAACGGCGAGGUGCUUCCUCCGCAACUUCCUGAAGCUGAAAGUCAAUACCGUGGCCCAGAAAUUGAGCUACAUCCCAGGAGAGAUGCUCUUAGACCAGUGACGGUAUUAGAAUGUGUGCAUAGAGACCAAAGCCAAGCCCAGUGUUCAAAGAAGGAAAUUGAACACUUGUAUCGGCACAAACAAGGGAAAGUCAAUAAAUACGCUGCAAAGCAGGCAUUCUUGGAGGACAGAUUGUGUGAACUACAAAGUGAAAACAUGUUGCUUCGACAGCAACUGGAAGUUGCUCAAAAUGAAGCCAAAAGUAAAAAGACAAUUAAUAUCCCAGAGCCGUUUCCAGACCAUAUGAGUAAAGCCGCGCGUAAACAACUUCUGAUGCUGGAGGAAGGAAACAAGGAAUUAAUCAAUGACUGCAAAUGUGUAAAAGACAGAAUGUAUCAGUAUGAAACUGACAGAGCAGAAAUGCAAGCCUGUGUGAGACGGCUUCAACAAGAGCUGACUGACACCCGAAAGAAAGUGUUCAUGUUGGAAGCUUCCCUGGAGGUGACAACAGCACGUCAUCAGACUAAUGUCGAAAAUAAGACACAGGAUUUAGAGAGGAAAUUACAUCAAAUUGCAGACCAAAAUGCUGAUCUUACAGCAAAACUGCAAUCGACAACUUCAGCACUUCUCCAUCUGAGUGCAGAAACUCAGCUCCUUCUAAAAGAGUUAUUAUCUAUGAAAAGGAUGCAAAAGAAAUGUGAAACAUUAGAGGAGGAGAAAAAGAAGUUGGAAGAAGAAGUAGUAAACCUCAAACAUCACCUAGAAGAGAACACAGUGGAACGCAGUCAAGUGGAGCAGUACAAACAGGAGAUUGAAGAGCGAGCAAGACGUGAUGUAGCAGAAAAAUUGACAGAACUCAGUCAAGUCGUGCAGUGCAAGAGGGAGGCUGAAGAGCGAGCAAAACAGGAUGUGGCAGGAAUGUUGAAAGAACUCAGCCAGUUUUUACAGACACAAGCAGCAUACGAAGAAAACUUGUUAAGAGAAUAUAAAAAUGCUUCAGUAAGUCAAAUGAAGCAUAAAAUUAAAUAUCUGGAAUCUGAACUGAAAAGUAAAACUUUUCAGUUAGAUGCUGAGAAAAAAGAACUGGAAAAAUACAGACAAUUGUACCUCGAAGAGCCAGAAGAUAGAACAUCAUGGGCAAGUCAAUUACACUCGAUUAACGAGAGGCUGGUUGUGAUGAACACUAAACUUCAGAUGGCGGAAGAGUACAAGAGUUCUGUCCUCAAAACUGUUCCUACAAGGCCUGCUGAAAAAUUUCAUGAUAGCUCAGAGCACAAAUGGACUCUCACUCAAAGUACAAACUUCAGGAUUUUUUCAGAACCUUCAACUAGCAUGCACAAGAAGUUGGAAAAUAACACAGCUAGAGAAGUAAAAGAAGCUACUCCUAAACUUCAGUCUGAGUCCUACCGAACUCCUCGAGGAUCUUCAAAAGAGUCAAGAUUAAUUGACGAUAUGCUUUUGAACGCAUGUAAAGAAUAUGAGGAGGUUUUGAAGAGAAAGUAUCUGUUAUACGAUGUUACAGAGGAACAGUAAACAUUUACCUGCUGGGCUGCUUGGGUAACAUUUUAGUUAUUUCUCUUUAAGUAAGAUAUAGACAAUGUUUAUUAAAGGAAAAUAUUUUUGUAUUAUAUGUGCAUGAUUAAAACUCAUGCACAUAUAAUGUGGUAUUUUAAGCCACAUUUCUCUGCAUCUCAUUAACUUGUAAGCCGAUUUUGGGAAUAAAACCCAGCACUUUGGGGUAUUACAUACUCAAACUGAGCCCGGAUGCCAGCUGUUUAAACAACACCCAACCACCCACCAAACUUCUCAUUGAUAUUGAGCAGUGUUGAUUGAUAGCUUUUUUGAAUUUUCCACUGUUAAUCACUGUAUAUAGACCUGAAGAUUUAAACGGACAGCAUUCGGAUCUGGUGUGGCUGCUGUCAGCGUUCUGAUGGAUCACAACAAUCAUUACAGUGCCAUCAAACUUUCUAUAUGCUGCCUUAAACACUGAUUCACAGCUAUUUCCUCAAGGAGAAAUGAAAUCUACCUCAGGCUUUUCAUCUUCUCUAUUUAUUUAAUUACUUUUUGGAAACAGUCUUAAAAUUAGAGACAAGUUCUGAGCACCAGACUCAAGUGGACAUUGUCACAAAACUGUCACAUCUUCCAUUCAUUCUCCUAAGGCACUAUUUAUCUUUCCUAAGUGUCACUUGUUCUACCAUUAGCACCUUUUCUCUCCCCUCUCACCAAGAAGUCAUUUGUUUUUCAAAAAAUGCCUUUCUCCUUUUCCUGUCACUUAUUAAAUUGUAUAUAAGCCUCCAAUUCUAGCCACCCCUCCCAAUCACAUUUCUUUGUAAACUCUUGCAUGUAUUCAUAUGUAAUUUUUUUCUCACAGUAAUUGGCUUUAGUCAAUUUAAUUUGCAGUCUCCCAAUCACUGAACCUAAGAGAGUAAAGGAAAUAUUCUCCUUCUCAACAAUUUCCAAGAGCUAAAAUUUUAAUAACUCCUACUUACAUCCUUUAUUCCCUUUUCUGUCCUUGCAGUGUACUUACUUGGCAAAACUCCCAAUGACACAACUGACUGAUUAUCAUUCUUCCCCCUUAAGUUCCCCCAGGCAUCUAAGUGCUGCUGAAGACAACCACACACUGCCCAGUGUU